UGAAGUUAAUUUUAUUCUAAAUUUAAUUUGAUCGCGUUACCGGUUUUUUCGAAUUGAGGUCAAAUACUGACGUUUCGAUUUUUCAAGAGAAAAAAGUUUGCGGUGUACGUACUUAAUAUAAGUAAUACAAAUUUGUGUGCUUUUUGAGUGAUUUUUAUAUCCGUCGACAUUUUUGAAACCCCAAAAAAGUUCUGUAUUAAUCUAAAUUGCUGCCUGUGUUUGUUGAGUUAAGAAGUUCAUUUGAGAGAACCAAUUUCGUACGUACACAAAAAAUAUGUCGAUGAAAAAUCCUCAAUCUGUUCUGGCACAUUUAAUUUUAUGUGGAACAUCUGGAUGGGCUCUCAAAACUACAGGCACCUCGUAUCCUUGGGCUCUUGGCACAUUUGCCUUACUCUUUGGUCACGGAGCGGUUGGAAUGGUCCGCUACGGACUUGAGAAUCCUGAUGAAAAAAUCGUGAAAGCUUUCGAUACGUCUCUAGUCACGGCUGAAAGUAUUGCCUUGCCAUUGGUCAACGUGGACGUUUAUUUAGAGAAUAACAUGCGAAAGGAAAUAGCGUAUGCACAUGCUGCGUCUGCUGCGGUACCUGUUGGAAUGCAAGUCGCAUCCGAAAAUAACGAUCGCGUUAUCGAUUUAAUAGUUCUAGGAAAUAUAGCUUCUUUAGUAUUUGUUGCUGUCAGCAAGGAACAUGCUUGGGCGGCUGGUCUAGCUGCGGUGACAACAAUGAACCAUUUUAUGCUCACACGCAUUUCAGAAAAUUUAGACGUUUCCCGAGCAGACUUGAUUGCCAUUGGUUUGAGUCUAUUCAAUAUUUUUGCUGUGCAGUGCCUUGCUGAAAUCGACAAAGCGCCCUGAAAUGCGAUAAUAAAGUAAUUGUUAAAUGAUUUAUAUAUGUAAAAUAUAUUUAGAAUACACAAAUUGUUUUAUGUUA